AUGGAGGAAUCAUCAUCUCUCCUUGUCCGAGUUCUCUCCGAACUGGGCCUCGUCUCCCUCUAUCACAGCAAGCCCGACGUCAAGCUCCUCUGCCUUCAGCGAUUCGUCCGCCUCUUCGCCUAUGGCGCCUCCACGCUCGUCCUCGUGCUGUACCUCCAGUCUCUGGGCAUCUCCAAGACCCGGACCGGCCUGUUCAUGACGCUGACGCUGGUCGGCGAUGUCUGCAUCAGCUUCUGCCUCACGCUGGUGGCCGACGGGCUGGGGAGGAAGGCGAUUCUGGCCCUGGGCGCCCUCAUGAUGGUGGGCAGCGGCAUCACCUUUGCCGUGAGCGACAACUACUGGGUCUUGCUGGCGGCCGCCAUCUUUGGCGUCAUUAGUCCGAGUGGUAACGAGAUUGGUCCGUUCCGAGCCAUCGAGGAGAGCGUUGUUGCCCACCUCACGGAGCCGGCCUCGAGAAGCGACAUCUAUGCAUGGUACAGCCUGCUUGGCACGGCUGGGACAGCCUUUGGUCUCAUGAUUGGCGGAUGGGUGGUGCAGUAUGUUUCCACCAUUCUUCACUGGGAGCUGGUUGAAGCCUAUCGCUUCAUUUUCUAUGGGUAUGCUGCUGCCGGCUUGGUCAAGCUGUCGCUAGCUCUCCUCUUGAGCAGCGCGGUCGAGGCCGAUGAGAAGCCUUCUCCCGCCAAGGAGGAGCAAAAGACCCGCAGCCGAUUUGGGGCUCUUCUUCCUGAUAUCAGCAAGGAAGGCUACGCUAUCAUGACGAGCCUGUGCAUCUUCUUCGCCCUGGACGCGUUCGCCUCUGGGCUGGCUUCCAUGUCCUGGGUGACGUAUUUCUUCCGCUGGCGCUAUGGCAUUGCAGAGGGCAAGCUCGGCUCCAUCUUCUUUGUGACAAGUAUCACUUCGGCGCUCUCGAUGCUUGUAGCCUCCUCCCUGGCCAAGCGAUUUGGCAACAUCAAGACCAUGGUCUUUACGCAUCUGCCGUCCUCCAUCUUCCUCUCCCUCAUUCCCGUCUUCCCCGACGUGCGUCUCUCCCUGCUUUUCCUGUGGCUGCGCGCCUCCAGCCAGAGCAUGGAUGUCGCACCCCGCGCCGCCUUCCUAGCCGCCGUCAUCAAGCCAAGCGAGCGCACCGCCAUCAUGGGCGUUAUCAAUGUGGUCAAGACAACCGGCGCCAGCUUGGGCCCUUUCUUGACUGGUACGUUGGCUGACCACGGCCUGUUUUGGGUCGCCUUUGUCACAGCAGGGUGUCUCAAGGCGAGUUACGAUCUGGGCAUGCUUGCAGUCUUUCAGAAUCACGAGAGGCAUGCGGCUGAACGAGAGAGGCGGAGCGUGGAGGCGAGUGCCGCUUCUGCGUAA